UUCUCACCAUUAUGACUGGAUUUUUUUAAAAAAUACUUGAUCUUUUUUAUCUUUAGCUAGUGACUCAGAGAUAAACAACCAGGCACUUACGGUUUACAGCUGUUUGGAGUGUGAAAAGGGAGGAGGAAUGUUGUUGUAAAAACUAGAUUUCAAUGUCAUAAUCCGGUUUUGUUUGAUCUUCAAAGGUGGUAAUGCUCAACUUGGAGUUUACUCAUCUGUGGAGUCCAAGAUAUUUUAAAAGCACGCUUUGCCAUUUAUUUUCAGAGUUUCUGGAGACAUUAUAAUAAGGCAGAAUCAAAACCCUGGCAGGAAGAAUUUUCUGGAGAAAUGGUGGAACCAGCUGGCAACCAGUAUGUUGUGGCACGGCCAGUGUAUUCAGACAUCUUAUUUGAUCAAGAGCACGAGAAAGUGCAUAGAUAUCACAAAACCUUCAUGGAUCACCUCCGAGUAUGCUUUAGCUGCACUCCACAGAAGGCCAAGAAAAUUGCUCUAAAUUUGUUUCCUAUCAUCUCCUGGCUCCCUGCAUAUCGUGUUAAGGACUGGAUCCUCAGUGACAUUGUCUCAGGAAUUAGCACGGGGCUGGUAGCUGUCUUACAAGGUCUUGCCUUUGCUUUGCUGGUAAAUAUACCUCCAAGCUAUGGACUGUAUGCAGCCUUUUUCCCAGUAAUUAUCUAUUUUUUCUUUGGCACUUCCAGACAUAUUUCAGUUGGUCCUUUCCCUGUCCUGAGCUUGAUGGUAGGAGCAGCAGUUUUGAGAAUUGUCCCAGAUACACCUGAAGACAGCAUAGUUGACAGCAAUGCCACACAAAACGAUUCAUUGAUUGAUCAGAAAAGAGUAAUGGUAGCCGCAUCUGUGACUGUCCUUGCUGGCAUCAUUCAGCUGCUGUUGGGUGUCCUGCGGAUUGGUUUCAUAGUUAUGUAUUUAUCUCAAUCAUUAAUAAGUGGAUUUACAACAGCUGCAGCUAUCCAUGUGGUAAUGUCUCAGCUGAAAUUCAUAUUUCAACUGCCAGUUCCUGGUUAUAAUACACCAUUGGGAAUUAUAUGGGUACUAAGAGAUGUUUUCAGUCAAAUAACAAAUACAAACAUUGCCGAUCUCGUCACGUCACUUAUAAUCCUGGUCAUUGUAUUUGUGGUCAAAGAAAUCAAUGAACGCUACAAAGCCAAGCUCCCAGCACCUAUUCCCAUCGAACUCAUUGUGACAGUCAUAGCAACUGGUCUAUCCUAUGCCUUCGAAUUUGAUAAAAAAUUUGGGGUAGCCAUUGUGGGAAAGCUAGAAGCAGGGUUCCAGGCUCCCGUUGCACCUGAUGGGAAUAUCCUCCAAAGCUGUUUGGGUGAUGGUUUCUCCAUUGCCAUUGUUGGUUUCGCUGUAGCCUUCUCCGUAGCUAAAGUGUAUUCCAUCAAGCACGAUUACGCCAUUGAUGCCAACCAGGAACUAAUCGCCUUUGGAAUAGGCAACAUUUUUGGUGGUUCAUUCAAAGGAUUUGCUGCAAGCACGUCACUGUCGAGGUCUGGUGUACAGGAAAGCACAGGAGGCAAAACACAGAUUGCUGGACUCCUCUCAGCAGUUAUUGUCAUGAUUGUCAUCCUUGCCAUUAGUCAUCUCUUGGAACCACUGCAGAAGUCCGUCCUUGCAGCUCUGGCUCUUGGCAAUUUAAAAGGAAUGCUGAUGCAGUUCAAAGAGAUUGGAGUUUUGUGGAAAAAGGACAAGUAUGACUGUUUUAUCUGGAUUGUUACCUUCCUGGCUGCUAUUUUACUGGGGCUGGAUCUUGGACUUGCAGCUGGGCUCGGAUUUGAACUCCUAACUGUUAUAUUCCGUGCGCAAUUUCCAAAGUGCACACUCCUAGCCAACGUUGGAAGAAAAGAUAUCUACAGAAACAGAAAGGAUUACACAGAUAUAUAUGAGCCAGAGGGUGUGAAGAUAUUCAGAUGUCCAUCCCCAAUCUUCUUUGCUAAUAUUGACUUCUUCAAGGACAAAUUGACAGCAGCUGUCGGUUUCAAACCAUUGAGAGUGCUACGCAAGCGUAACAAAGCUUUGAGGAAAAUCAGAAGGAUGCUGAAGAAAGGAGAGCUUCAAGUGACACCUAAAGGUUUUAUUUGCACUGUUAAUUCUGUGAAUGAUUCCGACGAAGAACUGGAUAACAACCACAUUGAAGAACUGGAUCAGCCCACAGAUACCAAAGACUUGCCAAUUCAGAUAGACUGGACUUCCAGCCUUCCUCCCAACAUCACCGUUCCAACGGUCGAUAUUCACAGCCUCGUUCUUGAUUUCUCUGCAGUGUCAUUUCUUGAUGUUUCUGCAAUGAGAGUCCUCAAAGAGUCCUUGAAAGAGUUUAUCCGGAUUGAUGUGGAUGUAUAUAUUGUAGGAGCACAUGAGGGCCUUCUGGACAAACUGGAAAGAUGUGGAUUCUUUGAUGAUGAAAUUCAACCAUCUAUGUUCUUCGUUACUAUUCACGAUGCAGUUAUAUAUGUAAUGAGGGAAAAAGGCAUUGUGGAAAGUUUACCAAAGUACACAUCCAUUAUGGAGAAGGAAAAGGAAAACAAAGAUAAUUUUAUAAUCAAUACAAAUGGAGGACUACGCAAUCGGGAAUUCACAGUAAGGCCAACUAUUUUGUCCACGUUUUUAAAUAAUUGCUUAGGUUAACAGCAUGACUGUCCUGAAGUAGCACCCCUAGUACCAAUGACUAAAUACCUUAUCUAAAAUUGACACUUGAAUAGCUGAGAUGGUUCAAUAAUAAUAACACAACAACAACUGCUAUGAAUCUGUAUAUUCUUCAGAAUUUCAGGGACUAUUAUUAUAAUAAUACAGUAUAUAUCUCACAAUUCUAAACACUUGGGAAGUGUUCGACUAGUGAUUCUGUGAUACGAAAUCCAGCAUAUAUAUCUGGAUUGUUGUGUCAUACUCUGUCUUUGUGUCAAUAGUAAUAAUGUAUAAUAACAUUUUAUAUUCCACCCUUAUCCCCAAGGGGACUCUGAGCAAAUUACAACAUAUAAACAGACACAGGCAAACAUUCAGUGCCUUGUUACAAUGACAAUGAGACAAAAUACAAAUAAACAGAUAAGGCUUCUCCUUUCAUUUCCGGCUCUGGAGGCAGUGCUCAUCUCAGGCUCUGAGGGAGGUGCUCUUCUCCAUUUUGAAGCCGAGGAGCCUGUGUUGUCCAUAAACACCUCCUGGUUGUGUUGCCGCUUGAAGCAUCUUCAUUGCCUUUUUCCAGCAGUUCAGCGUCACAAGGAUUAACCCAUUGCGCCACUGCUGUCCCUUUAGGUUACAGGUAUAAGGUGUUUAAGAAACAUAAACGAGUUUUAUGUUUAGACGUGGGUCCCAUCUCCAAAAUAUCUGUGUAUAUGUACAAACAGUCUCCGAGUUACAAACAUCCAACUUACAAACAACUCAUAGUUAACUACAGGGGUGAGGCAACAGGAAGUGAGAGAACUCUAUCCCUCAGAGAAGAAAUCCACUCCUGAAAGAGUUAUCAUGGAGAAAAGGUGUCUCCAGUGAAGCUUUCUCACCAAUCCUUAUUUCCACAACAAGUCUAUUUUUUUCUACGUCUAAUUGUCACCGGAACAGAAAGUGAGGUGAAAUCUUCUAAACAGGGGCACAAACAGCAAAACAAAUAUAUGUAAUUAUAAGUACAGUAGAGUCUCGCUUAUUUAUUUGUUUAUUUAUUACAAUAUAUAUAUCCCGCCCUUCUCACCCAACAGGGGACUCAGGGCGGCUUACAAUAAAACAGACAUAUAAAAACAGUACAAUACACUAUAAAUCAGUUAAAAAUUAACUUACAUAAACAUUCAUAAAAUGCAUUUAUAAAAUAUAGAUAGGCGUGUACAAGUUUAAAAGACUGGGUCUGUCAAUUGAGUUCCAGCAUACAUAAUAGUAAUUAAUGCUGCUGAUUCUUAUUCGAAAGCCUGGCCCCACAACCAAGUUUUUACCUUCCUACGGAAGGAUAGGAGGGAGGGAGCCUGCCUGAUUUCAAUGGGGAGGGCGUUCCAUAGGCGGGGAGCCACUACUGAAAAGGCCCUGUCUCUCGUCCCCGCCAGCCGCACCUGUGAGGCUGACGGGACCGCGAGCAGGGCCUCAUCCGACGAUCUUAAGCUUCGAGGUGGGUCAUAGCGGGAGACACGUUCGGACAGAUAAGCUGGGCCGGAACUGUUUAGAGCUUUAUAGGCUAAAGCCAGCACCUUGAAUUGUGCUCGGUAGCUAAUCGGCAGCCAGUGGAGCUGACGUAACAGAGGAGUGGUACGCUCCCUGUACACCGCUCCAGUUAUUAACCUGGCAGCCUCCCGUUGGACUAACUGAAGCUUCCGAACAGUCUUCAAAGGCAGCCCCACGUAGAGUGCAUUGCAGUAGUCUAAACGGGAUGUAACAAGGGCGUGGACCACCGUGGCCAAGUCUGGCUUCCCAAGGUACGGUCGCAGCUGGUGCACAAGUUUUAAUUGUGCGAAGGCUCCCCUAGCCACCGCUGAGACCUGGGGCUCCAGGCUCAACUAUGAGUCCAGGAUCACCCCCAGACUGCGCACCUGCACCUUCAGGGGGAGUGUGACCCCAUCCAGCACAGGCUGUAACCCUAUACCCUGUUCGGCCUUCCGACUGACCAGGAGGACCUCUGUCUUGUCUGGAUUCAAUUUCAAUUUGUUAGCCCUCAUCCAGUCCGACACAGCGGCCAGACACCGGUUCAGGACCUGGACAGCCUCCUUAGUGACAGGUGGGAAGGAGUGACAGAGCUGGACAUCAUCUGCGUACAGAUGACACCGGACCCCGAAACUCCUGAUGAUCUCUCCCAGCGGCUUCAUGUAGAUGUUAAACAACAUGGGAGACAAUACAGAGCCCUGCGGGACCCCACAAGUCAACGGUUGUGGGGCCGAGCAGGCGUCCCCCAAUAACACCAUCUGGGACCGACCCUCCAGGAAUGAGUGGAGCCACUGCAAGACAGUACCUCCAAGUCCCAUUCCCGCGAGGCGUCCCAGAAGGAUACCGUGAUCGACGGUAUCGAAGGCCGCUGAGAGGUCCAGCAGAACCAGCAGGGACACACUCCCCCUGUCCAGUUCCCGGCGAAGAUCAUCGACUAAGGCGACCAAGGCUGUCUCGGUACCAUGUCCCGGCCUGAAGCCAGACUGUGCCGGAUCCAGAAAAUCAGUGUCAACCAAGAAUCCCUGGAGCUGCGAAGCAACCACAUGUUCCAAGACCUUGCCCAAAUAGGGGAGAUUGGAAAUAGGCCGAAAGUUUCCGAAUUGAGUGGGAUCCAAUGAUGGCUUUUUCAACAGCGGCUUGAUCACAGCCAUUUUUAGGCUCGCUGGAAACUUGCCCUCCCGAAGGGAGGCAUUCACCACCACCUUCACCCACUCGGCCAAACCC